UCGUCUAAAAAGCAUCUAAGUAAAUCUCGCUUGCUUGAAUUUGUGCAUUAUCAAUAAACUGCAUUAAUUGGUUGGGCAGUGCGAUAUUGAAGGAGUGUUUCACUAAAACCCACUCUCCUACAAAUUGGGGGCUCGUCCGUGAUGAAUUUUGUUCGCCCUUAACGAAUUUGGUGUUUGAAUGUGAAUUUCUCUCCUACUGUCAUCACUUCUUUGUCACCACCUUUGUAAAAAAAAAAAAAACUUCAUUAGGAUGUCCCAGCCUAAAACCGCCACCAGUUACACUUCCUGUUCCUUACAUGAUCCAGUCAAAAUUCGAGCAUCUAAAGAAAGUGUGGAAGAGCUUCCAGUUAAAACUAUACCACAAGUCUUUCAUGAAUGUUGCGAAAAGUACAAAAAUCUAACAGCGAUUGCGUAUCAAGAGACCCCGGGUGAAAAUGAAGCUCCUUGGAAGACUAUAACUUACGAGGAGUAUGAGAAAAAUGUGAAACAAACUGCUCUGGCUUUACUAUAUUUGGGUGUAGAGCCUCGUACAUCGGUGGGAAUUUUGGCUUUUAAUUGUCCCGAAUGGUUUUAUGUACAGUUGGCAGCUCUUAGCAUAAAUGCGGUAUCAGCUGGCAUAUAUACCACAAAUAUUGCGGAGUCUGUUUACCAUGUACUCGAAACUUCUGAUGCCUCAGUGUUGGUAGUAGAGGACAGCCAUCAGAUGUCCAAAGUUCGGGAAAUAAAGUCUAACUUGCCUUUUUUAAAAGCUGUGGUACAGUUAAAAGGUCCCUUUGAGUUUGAUAAAAGUGCCCGGCGGCCAGGCUACUAUCGUUGGCCAGAUUUAAUGGAGAUGGAUUUUGAUGCAACUUUGAGGGAAGAAUUGAAGUUACGUGAACUGCAAGUGGCGCCCAACGAGUGUGCUGUGUUGAUAUUCACGUCUGGUACUGUUGGCAUGCCCAAAGGUGUUAUGCUCUCCCAUGAUAAUAUUCUUUGUGCUGCUCAUACUGUUAGCAAAUCCUUUUCAAAUAUUACUCCUGGCCAUGAGACUAUUGUCUCCUAUUUGCCUUUGAAUCAUGUGGCCGCCCAGAUUUUCGACAUCAAUAUGAGCAUGCGCAAUGGAGCCACUGUUUAUUUCGCCGAUAGAAAUGCUUUGAAAGGUACUUUGGAAAAAACAUUUAUGGCGGCUAGACCUACUAUGACUAUAGUAGUGCCUAGGAUUUAUGAGAAGAUACAGGAGAAAUACAUGCAACUCGAUGACAAUAGAACAGGAUUGGUAAGACUAAUAACAAAUAUGGCCAGGAACACAAUGUUGCAAUACCAUUUGGAUAAAAUGGAAGGUAAACCAACUCCUCUCUGGAAACUCUAUUUGGCUUCUGCCAUUAUUAAUCGAAUCAAAACAUCUUUGGGCUUGGAGCGCAAUAAAGAAUGUCUGGUGGGAGGAGCUCCCGCCUCCACAGAAGUAAAACGUUUCUGCCUUAGCCUGGAUCUACCUUGGACAGAUGCCUAUGGUAUGUCUGAAUGUAGUGGAGCCUUAGUCUAUUCCAUAAAUAGAACCAAUCUGCAAACAGUAGGCAAACCUUUGGAGGGAGUGGAGAUAGAAAUACACCAGCCCAAUGAAGCGGGUGAAGGAGAGAUCCUUAUAAGAAGUCGCUGCAAUUUUAUGGGAUACUUAAAGGAACCACAAAAAACUAGCGAAACUCUUAGAGCAGAUGGCUCUAUUUUUACCGGAGAUAUCGGCUAUUUGGAUGACCAAAGUAAUUUAUAUAUAACAGGACGCAUAAAGGAAUUGAUAAUAACCUCGGGAGGUGAAAAUAUGCCACCGGUUUACAUUGAGACCCUCAUUAAACAAGAGUUGCCCUGUAUAAGCAAUGUGCUGGCCGUUGGGGAUCGAAGGAAAUAUGUUACAGUUCUCAUGACAUUUAAGACCCAUAUAGAUACCUCAACGGGUUAUCCUUUGGAUAAGCUAUUACCCGAAACUAUUGAAUGGUUGGCAACACUGGACUUGUAUUAUACCCAUCUUUCAGAUAUGCUUCAUAUCAAAUUGCCUCAACAUUUAAAGGACUUUGAUCCCAAUAGCGUUGUGGUACGAUUAGAUUGUAAAAUCCGCAAGGCCUUGGCAGAUGGCAUUAAGCGAUAUAAUAAUCGUGCCAUUUCCAAUGCUCAAAAAGUGCAAUAUUUUAGAAUACUACCGCAUGAUUUUUCAAUAGCCACCGGAGAAUUGGGACCAACAAUGAAAAUCCGCCGUAACAUAGUUCUUUCGAAAUAUGCUAAGACCAUAGACACAAUGUACGAUAAUUAGUGCGAUAAGUAAUACAACAAGUUGUACGAUAAAUAGCAAUACAGUACAUUGUACAAUAUAUACUACAACAUUUUAACAAUAAUCAAUACUAUAAAUUGUACGAUAAAUAAUACGUUGUACCGUAAGUUUCGUGAUGACUAAUACGUAAAAGUACUGUAAAAAUAAGUUUGAAUAAACAAAG